AUGAAGUUACGCCAGCAAUUGACCCAAGGGUUGACGCUCGCCUACGUGUUCUCGCUGGCGUUCGUGCUUUGGAAAACGCUCGGGGUCGUCGCCAACUCCCACUCGCCCAUUGUCGUGGUAUUGUCGGGGUCAAUGGAACCGGCGUUUCAAAGAGGCGACAUCUUGUUCCUUUGGAACCGGUUCCAGGAGAAUAAGGUCGGGGACAUUGUCGUGUACGAAAUUGAAGGGAAACCCAUCCCCAUUGUCCAUCGGGUAUUGAGAGAACACAAGACGGCUGACGGCCAGAAACUAUUGACCAAAGGGGACAACAACCCUACUGACGACUUGCUGUUAUACGCCCGCAGACAACAGUACCUUGAUCACGACGCUGACCUUGUCGGUACCGUAUGGGGCUACGUGCCGUUUUUGGGCUACAUCACCAUUUUGAUCUCUGAGAAUAUCUACUUCAAGUACGGUUUGCUCGGGCUCAUGGGGUUGUCGGCGAUAUUACUGGGAGACCAAUAA